AGAUAUACACAUAUUUAAAAUGCCCAUGGACUCUAAGCAGUGGAUCGACGUGACAACAGAGAAGAACCACUACUCUCUUGAUCACUUCGUUAUUCCUACUCAUUACGAGAAGGAUGUUUCUUCUAUCCUUAUCCCUCACGGUGUUAUUAUGGACAGAGUCAACAAAAUUGCUCGUUUAAUUGUUGAAGAUACUACUGGACCCUUAGUUGUUUGCUGUAUCUUGAAGGGUGGCCACCAAUACUUCGCUGACCUUGUAAACGCCGUUAAGAAGCUUACUACUAAGGACGGUAAGACUGUUCCUUUAAGUUUGGAAUUCAUUCGUGUUAAGUCUUACAAGAAUGACCAGUCCGAAGGUGUCACCAUGUCCAUCACCGACGAAGAAUGUGCUGAAUUUGAGGGAAAGAAUCUCUUGAUUGUUGAGGAUAUCAUUGAUACUGGUGCUACCAUGGUUCAAUUAUUAAAGAAAUUAGACAACUUUUCUCCCAAGUCUGUUAAGGUCACUAGCUUGUUAGUUAAGAAGACUCCCAAGAGUAAUGGUUAUACUCCUGACUACGUUGGUUUCUCUAUUCCUGACGAAUUCGUUGUUGGUUAUGCUUUGGAUUAUAACGAGUAUUUCCGUGAUUUAGAUCAUAUCUGUGUCAUUAGCGAUCAUGGUAAGAAAGCUUAUGCCGUCUAAAAAUGUAAAUGAUAUACAAAUAUUUAAUAAAAUGGAGGUGAACUUGUUAGAAAAGAAAAUUGUAAAUAGUAUAGAAUGCUAUGAAAGCAUUUGAAUUAAUUUAUUGUAAUUAAAUUUGUUAUAAAAAUAUAA